GGGGCUUUCCAACUUUUCUUUAAAGCCAGCCCAGAGCUUCCCUUUCGACUUCAAUGUUCACCAACACCAACCAAUCACCUCUCUCUCUCUCUCUACUAGACACGAAGAAGAACCUCAGCAGCUAAAGCCCAAACUCCUUUUCACUCUCUGCAAAAACUACAGUCUCUCCUGAGCCACCUUUCCAUUGAUAUAUCUAAAACCAGAACCCAUUUCUUCUCUUUCUCUUCUGUCCCCAUGUCAUGAGCUUCAUAUUAAUCCCUAUUCUGCUUUGUAUUGUUUCUCUCACAAUCUGCUGAUGGAGGAUUCGGAAGAAUCCAAUGCUAGCAAGAAAUGCACCGCUAAGACUAGGACUCUUAGGGGCAGGACUAACUCCGACCAUAAGCAUCAGUAUCAGUAUCAAUAUCAGCAUCACCUCUUUCAAUACUCUAACCAGUUUGGUUUGUUGAACCAUGGCCAGUAUCCAAGUUACUGCCCAGCUCUUCUUCCUCUGCCUCCGCCGAUACCUCUCCAACUUGCUCUUGUUCCACCUUUCCCUCAAAACCAUAGCUUCAGAUCAAAAACCCAUUUUCAGAAACCUUCGUUUAAGCUAAAUAAUCAUCCACCUCCUCCUCUUCCCACCCCUUUUGUUAGCCAAGGACCAGUUGCAGCAAUUUCAUCAGCUCCAGAGGGGCUGCAACGACGAAAGCAUUCGCCUGUCAAAGGAAAUGAUGGAAAGAAGGAUAUGGGUUCCUCCGGCCAAGCACUGGUAGCUGCAAGGAGACCAGAUUCUGGUGGAGUAGAAGGACAUGUUAUUACUCUUCUUGCUAACCAUUUCCUUGUCCGAUUCAAUUCCUCGCAGAGAAUUUUCCAUUACAAUGUGGAUAUUUUUCCCAGUCCUUCAAAGGAAGUUGCCCGAAUGAUCAAACAAAAACUUGUAGAGGAUAAUUCAGCUGUGCUCUCUGGGGCUUUUCCAGCCUAUGAUGGUCGAAAGAAUUUUUACAGUCCAGUUGAGUUCCGCAAUGAUAGGCUUGAAUUCUACAUUAGCCUCCCAAUCCCAACUAGCAAAUCAUCUUUGCCUUUUGGAGAACUGAGUGACUUUCAAGAGAAGCAUCAACAGUUGAAACUAUUUCGAAUAAAUAUCAAGCUUGUAUCAAAGCUGGAUGGAAAGGAACUGAGCAGAUACUUGAGCAAAGAAGGUGAUGACUGGAUCCCACUUCCUCAGGAUUAUCUACAUGCGUUGGAUGUUGUUCUGAGAGAAAGUCCCAUGGAGAAAUGUAUACCUGUGGGGAGAUCAUUCUAUUCAAGUUCAAUGGGAGGAACAAAGGAAAUUGGAGGAGGAGCCAUUGGAUUGAGAGGAUUCUUUCAAAGUCUCAGACCCACCCAACAAGGAUUAGCUCUCAAUGUGGAUUUUUCAGUGACUGCUUUUCAUGAAAGUAUUGGAGUGAUCCCUUACUUGCAAAAGCGUCUCAAGUUUCUUAGGGACCUCCCACAGAACAAAACAAGGAGUUUGAUUGGUGAAGAAAGGAAGGAAGUGGAGAAGGCUUUGAAGAACAUCAGGGUCUUUGUUUGCCACAGAGAAACAGUCCAGAGGUACCGAGUUUUCGGCUUAACUGAAGAAGCUACGGACAAUCUUUGGUUCGCGGACAGGGAUGGGAAGAAUCUGAGGCUGGUGAGUUACUUCAAGGACCACUACAAUUAUGAUAUAAAAUUCCGGAACUUGCCAUGUUUGCAGAUCAGUAGAAGUAAACCAUGUUAUCUUCCUAUGGAGCUUUGUAUGAUAUGUGAAGGCCAGAAGUUUCUUGGUAAGCUGUCAGAUGAUCAGACUGCAAAAAUACUCAAGAUGGGCUGCCAAAGGCCUAAAGAACGAAGAACAAUUAUACAUGAAGUCAUGAGAGGUUCUGUUGGGCCAACCAGUGGCAACCAGAGCAGAGAAUUCAAACUCCAUGUUUCAAGAGAAAUGACAAGAUUGAAUGGGAGAAUCCUACAACCUCCAAAACUAAGACUUGGUGACGGUGGCCUUAUAAGAGAUCUGAUACCUUCUCGCCAGGAUCGCCAAUGGAACCUUGCCGACAGCCAUGUCUUUGAAGGAACAAGAAUAGAAAGAUGGGCGCUGAUAAGUUUUGGAGGCACCCCUGAACAGAAGUCUAACAUUCCAAAAUUCAUAAACCAGCUAUCCCAAAGGUGUGAACACUUAGGCAUCUUUCUUAGCAAAAACACAAUUAUUAGCCCACAAUAUGAGCCAACUCAAGUGCUCAAUAAUGUGGCCCUUCUGGAAUCAAAACUCAAGAAAAUCCAGAAAGCUGCCUCAAACAAUCUCCAGCUGCUUAUUUGUAUAAUGGAGAAGAGACACAGAGGAUAUGCAGAUUUGAAGCGGAUAGCAGAGACAAAUGUAGGUGUUGUAAGCCAGUGCUGCUUGUUUACAAAUCUUGGCAAGUUGAGUUCACAAUUUCUUUCCAAUUUGUCUCUCAAGAUCAAUGCCAAACUUGGAGGAUGUACAGUUGCUUUGUACAAUUCAUUACCCUCUCAGAUUCCCCGCCUUCUUCAUUCCGACGAGCCCGUGAUCUUCAUGGGAGCUGACGUCACUCAUCCUCACCCUCUCGAUGACUUCAGUCCAUCAGUUGCUGCUGUUGUUGGUAGCAUGAACUGGCCAGCAGCAAAUAAGUAUGCAUCUCGAAUGAGGUCGCAAACGCAUCGCCAAGAAAUCAUCCAGGAUCUUGGUUCAAUGGUGAAAGAAUUGCUAGAUGAUUUUUACAAAGAAGCAAACAAACUUCCCAAAAGGAUAAUGUUCUUCAGGGAUGGAGUAAGUGAAACUCAGUUUCAUAAGGUUCUCCAAGAAGAGCUGAAAUCAAUUCGAGAAGCUUGUUCUAGAUUCCCUUGUUAUAAACCUCCCAUUACCUUUGCAGUUGUCCAAAAGAGGCAUCAUACAAGGUUGUUUCCCUGCGAAACAGAUCUAUCUUCUUCUAUUCAGGACCAGUUUUACAAUGAAAAUAUCCCACCAGGGACAGUUGUGGACACUGUGAUUACACAUCCAAAGGAAUUUGAUUUUUAUUUGUGCAGCCAUUGGGGGGUGAAAGGAACAAGCAGGCCAACACAUUACCAUGUGUUGUGGGAUGAGAACCAAUUCACUUCUGAUGAAUUACAGAAGUUGGUAUACAAUCUCUGCUACACAUUUGUAAGAUGCACCAAGCCAGUUUCUUUGGUGCCUCCUGCUUACUACGCCCACUUAGCUGCAUACAGGGGCAGGCUUUACAUUGAACGGUCUGAGUCGUCCAUGAGAAAUGCUUGUACGAUUUCAAGAGCUUCCCCACCAAAAGCAACACCUCUACCGAAGCUCAGUGAGAAAGUAAAGAAUCUCAUGUUCUACUGCUGAUUUCAGUUAUAUCUUCUACACAGAUGUAGUUCCAAUUAUUAGAAAACAUAGGCAGGCUAAUCCAGGAAUGAAUUCAUAUAUUAAAUAGUGACCUUAACAGAUGAAGCAAAUUAGUAUGAACUUUCUCAUAGUUGACAAGAAAAUAAGACUCAGUUUUGUGAA